AUGCCGCAGCGCUCGGAGUUUCAACGCGUCCCAGGUCUCAGACACCGCUUCCUGAAGGCCAGACAGGCCAGCACCACCACUAUCCCAGCUACCCCGAUUCCUCCACUGCUAUCACCGCCUCGAACUCUGUCGGGAGGAAGACCUAAUCAUGGAGAUCUCCCUUCCAAAGAGCCCGUUAAGGAGGGACCUAUGGGAACAUCCUCCAAGUCGGAUCUUGUACCUGCUUCUGUUGGCAUGACGACACGCACAAAUACUGUUAGCAACGAAAACGAAGAUGGAGGCGCAAGCAACCAAGCUGAUCCAAAGACUUCUUCAUCUUCUCGCUCCAGAAGUUUGACUCGUGUUGAUACCGCUCGUUCGGUCAGUGGGGAGACCGGAGCGGCGCUCGUCACUGGCAAAGAUGAUCUGUCUGAAGAGGUCCAACAACCGCAAUCUUCGCAAACACGACCAAGGUUUCAAUAUGACGACUCUCAACUACAGUUACUCGAGCCCAUUCCAAUCGACACUGGGGCUUAUCCAUUCGGUUUCGUGCCUGUCGAUGCUCCAAGUCCACGAGAACCCCGCCGCCGUAGUCAAAGUCGACAAGAGAGCGAAUCGCAAUCAACUAUCAGAGCAGAAGAUUCUUCUGGCCGGGGUUCACCAUACCAUGUGCCUACCAAACCUUGUACUCCAACUAGCGAAGUCACCGCUGUUGUAUUACGACCGAGCGGCAACUCGCAAACAGUGAUGACGCCAACGAAUGAGGAAGAAAGCGCUACAGGUGACCGUAGACUCGACUAUCGGGCCGUUGCGAAACACACAGUGUCGCCUUUAGGAUCAGCAAACAGUUCGAUCCACGAUGGGUGCUGCGGGAGUCAGUCACUCUGGCAGAGAUUGUGCGAGCGAGGGCAUCUGAGGAACAGAUUGGAAGCACUUCAAAAGGGCAAGUCUCGACAACAACAAAUACUCACCAGGAGGCCACAUUGCAAUAGAAUCAGGAAGAAGCAAAGCAAGGUAGUUGCAAUUGAAAACCCCCGUUAUCCUACACGAGAGACCAGUACGCCUCCCUAUCGAGAUCCAACCACUGCCACCCGGCAUUCAACAUCUACAGUACUGCUGUUUGAACAAGAUUUCCAGAUCGCUCUCGAGCGCCUAGAGGGGCUCAUGCAUCAAGCGCUGAUUCUAGCCGAUACUAUCCAGGCUCACGAAGGGCAAGACAAUGCCGACAAGCAUACGUCAGUCCCGAGUGGCGCUGAAGGCAGCUCUUUGAAGCCUACUGCCGAACUGAUCAACUCCGAGGACAGGCGUGAUACAGCCCAGCCGCAAGCUCCCAAUACGGCAGCAUCUACCCAUGAGCGGAAGCCUACUAGGAGGCCGAGGGACAUGGAUGGUGCCCUGCCAGAUUCGGGCGAUCUAGCAUCCGAGAGCGACAGUCGCAGCGGGUUUCACUCUGCUAUCUCACUCUAG